AUGUCUGGAACAAAUGAAUUAUCAUCAAUUGUUCAUGAUGAUUAUAUUGUACCAGUGGAUGUACGUUAUACAGAUUUCCUUAAUGCUCUCUCGGAAAUUCAUGAUGAAGCUAUGCAAGAUCGCUGUUAUAAAUAUUGGACAUCACUCUAUCGAUAUUUUGAUUGUUCGAUGACUAAUGAACGAGUUCUCAUGUUGGAAGAAAAACGGACACGUAAAAUUGUACAUAGUCUUGAUAAGGAAAUAGCUUCACAUCAAAAAGAGAUCAUCUAUCAAAUUCGUAAUAUAUUUCAACGAUGUUAUCAAGUCUUAACCGAUCUUUACACUAAAUAUAAUAGAAAACAGAACAACUUAAAAAAGAUUGAACAAAUAAUGAAUAAUUUAAACAAUAGAAUUCAAAAUAAAAAUUCAGAAAGUAGUAGUAUGAAAACUAUUGUUACAAAUGUUUCUUCAUCAACAUCUUUAAAAUCAAUGAUGAAAACAAUUGAUGAUCUAAAAUUACUCAUAAAAAAUCUUCAAAUAACACGAAAUACUUUUGAAAUAGAACUUAAUAACAAAAAAGCUACUGUUGUUUCAAUGCAAAUGCAAGUCUAUUAUAUUCAACAAAAAAUUCAUAAAGCUGAAAAAGAAUUAAUUGAUAUUGAACACCAGUUAACACUCAAUCUUCAAGCAACUCAUGAGCAAGACAAUCAAUUAAAUAAACUGCUUCAAUAUAAACUAAACAUUUCCAUUUCAAUUGAUCAAGAUUAUUUAAAUAUUGAUCAUCAAUUAAUUAAAGAACAAUUAAAUAAUCAGCAACAUUUAUCAAUAGAAUUACAAAAACAAAACAAAAAGUUACAUAAUAUCAUUUUAUAUCAUAUAAAGAUUCUAAAAAUGAAUGAAAACAAAAAAAUACAAUUGAAUAUAAAUCAUGAAAAUUUCAUCGAAAUAAUUCAUAGAAAACAAAAACAAAUUGAAAAAGAAAAAAAUAUAAAAAAUGAAAUUUUUCAGAUCUUAACUGAACUUAAAAUUGAUUUAAAAAGAAAAGAAUAUAUUUUAUCUGUACAUCAUCACCAACUAGACAGAUUGAACAAUCAAAUUACUGAACUUGAACAUGAACGUGAUCAAUAUCUUCAACAUACUAUACUUUAUACAUAUGAAAAUAUUAAUCAAUCGAAAAAUAAUAUUAAAAGAAAUAUUCGUCAAGAAAUUAAUCAUCGUUUACAACUUUCAAUUAUUUCUCAGAAUCUCAAACAACAGAUAAAUAUUCUUGAAAAUACUACACAACAAUAUUCUUUACUUGUUAAAAAACAACGACAAAAAGUAAUUAAUUAUGAAAAGUUACAUGAUAAAUGGAUUAUACAUAUAAAUAUGAAUCGAAAUCGUAUAUUAAAAUUAUUUAAUAGAAUUAAUAAAAUAGAACAAUGUAUGAUUAAUACAAGAAUUUUUUUUCAACAAUUUGAUCAUAUCAAAUUAUCAUUAAAAUCCAAUAUAUUAAUAUUUUAUAAUGAAAUAAAUUUAUUUACACAACAAAGAAAUAAGAAAAAUAAUUCUAAUAAUAGUAAAAAUUUAUUAAAUAUGAAAUUAGAACGAAUAAGAAAAAAUUUCGAUUCAAAUCAAGCAAUUUACAAACAGAUAAAACAAACUAUUUCUCGUACGAUUAAAAAUCAUUCAAUAUUAUUAGAUCAAAUAUUAACAAUAGACAAACAACGAUUACAUUUAAUUCAAUAUAUCAAUUCUCUUCAUGAUAAAUGGCUUUUUGAUCAACAACAAAUACUAAAUAUUUCAAAAAAAUUCAACAAUAUACAAUAUACUAUUGAUUUAUAUAAUAAAAAAUUUCAACAAUAUACAAUAGAAAAACAAAAAAUAAUACUUUUUUUACUAAAAAAACAAUAUUUAAUUGUAUUUGUUAGUGAACAUAUUGAAUUAAAUGAAACAAUUCGAAAUAAACAUCAAUUACAUUAUAAUAAACUUUUGACUGAAAUUCGAGAUUUACGAAGUAAAAUUUUAGAUGAAAUUCAUCAAAUUAAAUCAUAUGAAAAACAACAUAAGCCAAAUAUGAAACAACUUAUUCUUCAUUUACGAGAAGAAUUAUUCGAAGAAAAUGAUGAACAAUAUUGUACCAAUUUACAAAAAAAAGCAUCAUCGAUUAUUUAUCGUCUUAUUUGUAAAACUCAUUAUAAUAUUAUUUUGCACAAACAUUUAGAUUUACUCAUGCAAAAUACUGUCCUACUUUAUUAUACCAAUCAACAAUUAUCGAAAAAAUCUUAUAUUUUUUAUUUAAAUAAUGCUUUUGAUUUUUAUCAUUUAAAUAAUCAAUUAAAAGCAUCUAUAGCUGAAUUACGUGUACUUAAAAAUGAAAUAUUGAUUUAUAAGCAAAUCUAUACCAAUAUUAAAUAUUCAUUAAAAGAUUAG